GCUCGGUUUGGCCUGGGACUCGAACACACGGUACCCGGACUCGGUUCGCAGUGGCUCACAGUGGCGGAGGAGCUGCGGGUGGAUGUCACGAGGAACUACUGCAAUAAUCCGUAAAUGUGAUUGCGAUAUAGGACUUGAAAAAAAUCUCCAGGAUAAACGCAGGGAGGAAACAUUCAUCCUCUUUGGGAAUUUGGAACUAAUAUCUUAUUUAUAUCCAUCAAGGUGUGUAAGUUAAAGAUGUUACCAUGUGGCUCCCUCCUGCUAAUGCUGUGUGUGGCUCGGCUGAUCUCCACCUCCUCCGCCCUGCCCUUCGAGCAGAGAGGCUUCUGGGAUUUUGCCAUGGACAACAUGGACAACAUGGACAGCAUGGACAGCGGCGGGAUGACGACGAUGAUGAGGGAUGAGGAAGAAGGCUCGGGUGUAGAAGAGAUUCCCCCUCAUCACAUACCCAUGUGCCCCUUCGGCUGCCAAUGCCGGCUCAGGGUCGUCCAGUGUUCUGACCUCGGUCUGACUGAGGUGCCAAAGAAUAUUCCUCUAGACACCAAGUUCCUGGACCUGCAGAACAACCGCAUCCCGGAGCUUAAAGAGAAUGACUUCAAAGGCCUCACUCACUUAUAUGGUCUGUCUCUGAGGAAUAACAUUAUUUCCAAAGUCCACCCCAGAACAUUUGCGCCUCUGAAGAACAUGCAGAAGCUCUACUUCUCCAAGAAUCUACUGACCACAGUUCCCCAGAACUUGCCGGCCUCUCUGGUUGAGAUUAGGAUCCACGAGAACCGCAUCAGGAAGGUGGCUGCUGGGGCCUUUGCAGGACUGGGGAACAUGAACUGCAUAGAAAUGGGAGCAAACCCCAUCCAAAACAGCGGAUUCGAGCCUGGGGCCUUCAAAGGACUGAAACUGAAUUAUCUGCGUAUAUCUGAGUCUAAAUUAACUGGGGUGCCAAAAGAUCUCCCGGAGAGUCUUAAUGAGCUUCAUCUGGACCACAACCAGAUCCAGGCUGUGGAGCUGGAGGACCUGAGCCGCUACAAAAACCUGUACAGGUUGGGCCUUGGAUACAACCACAUCCGUAACAUAGAGAACGGCAGCCUGUCCUUCCUCCCCAGUCUGAGAGAGCUGCACCUGGACAACAACCGCCUGACCCGUGUUCCCAGCGGCCUCCCAGAUAUGAAAUACCUACAGGUGGUGUACCUCCAUUCCAACGCCAUCGACCAGGUGGGCGUGGAUGACUUCUGCCCUCGAGGGUUCGGGAUGAAGAGGACGUUCUAUAACGGCAUCAGCUUGUUUUCCAACCCUGUCAACUACUGGGAGGUGCAGCCCGCAACGUUCCGCUGUGUCGGCAAUCGUCUGGGUAUUCAGUUUGGCAACUACAAAAAGUGAAGACGAGGGGGAGGGGGGGGAUGGAGAGAGUCAGAGAAGGGGGAUGGCGGAGGAACAGAUAAUUAAAGGAAUGAAAAAACUUGAGAGAUGGAGGAGAGGGAGUUUGUAUUUGAGAUCAUUAUCUUUAUUAUUAUUGUUUUUUGGGGCGAGAUUUUGCGGAGACGAGAACGGGCAAUAAACUGAUGAAACAGAAAGAGAAGUAAAAAAUACAAUCACAUAACUUGAAGGGCUGAGAGUACUUCACCUGAGUUGCCUCAUUAUUUAAUUUUAAUGUUUUGAAAGUUUUUCCAUUUGAAAUGGAUAAAGCUGAGGAGAAUGUCUGAGAAGAUUGUUUUCGCUCCGACCUAAAUUAAUGAAAACUGGGAACUUGUGAAGCAUUUCAUUCCAUAUGUUUUACACAGUAGUGCUUAUUGUGAUAGAUUUCUCUUUUGUAUUAACAAUUUGGUCAAGAACUAAAAAAAAAUUAAAAAGCAAUGCAUUAUAGUUGUUUUUAUACGUAAAAUUGCGCUUUGUAUGAACUAGUUUGUGUUCCCAACUGACAUCACGUUGGCCCGUUUAACUGGUCCAAAGCCAUUUGGUCCCUGUGAUGAAAUGAUACCGUAUCAAUCAUCUGUAGUCACAGAAUUUGUGGGCAAUUUCCACCAUUUACUGAAACAAAAAUAACUGCACGUAGUGUAGAAACUUUUUUUCAAUUUUACCAGUUCAAAUGCAUUCCUGUACAUAUCAGGAAUGUCGACUGAAGAUCAAUAAGUAUAUUUUAAAAUCAUCCUCAUCAGUGCCAAACCAACUCCAUUGUAUGCCUUCACUAAAUAUUAUUCUGUAUGAUACUUUAAUAAUGGGGGUUUUGCCCUAGUUGGAGAAAACCCACGUUCGCUUUGCUUUGAGACAUUGAAGGCAGUGUGUUCACAAAGUGCUACUAACAAUAGUAGUGUUUCUGCAUUCUUUUGCACAGUUUUUUCUCUGUUAUGCUUUAUCUUCUUUAGGGAUGUUGGAGGGUUACCCUCUUCACAUCUGUAUCUGGAAUUGCUUUUAGUCAUUAGUAUUCUGUGUCUAUGCCCUGUAAUCUGAUAAUCUACUGCAAGUGAAUAAAGACAUUUUUAGCCUGCUGCAUAGAGACAAAGAACAACUGGUGCACCUGGGUUGGAUGUUGUGUGAGAAAUAAAGAAGAAAUAUCAAAAGUGGAAAAAA